AACACUGCCUUCCCCACUGCCCCUGCUGUAGACAUCGACUGCAGCCCAGGCUCCCCCAAGGGGCUCUAAAGCAGCGUGGGCCCAGGAUAGGCCUGCUCCGAUGGCUCUGGAUCUUUACCAGAUGCCUGCUCGGAAGCUGGAUAAGUUCAUUUUCGACACACUGCAGCCCGACCACACGUUCCUGCGCCAGGCUCGCCAAGCCAUCGACACGAUCUGUGAGUUCCUGAAAACAAACUGCUUCGCCGACUGCCCCCGGCCCUGCAUCAAGGUGCUGAAGGUUGUGAAGGGAGGCUCCCUGGGCAAAGGCACGUCACUGAAAGGUGGUUCCGAUGCCGACCUCGUGGUGUUCCUCAGCUGCUUCAAAGGGUACAGCGAUCAGGAGACGAACCGGGCAGCGAUCAUCAAGGAGAUCAAGAGGAUGCUGGAGAAGUGCCAGCAGCAGAAGCACUUUGAGGUGUCAAUUAAGCAGUCCCGGUGGCCGAACCCCCGUGUGCUGAGCUUCAUGAUGAGUUCCAAGACGCUCGAUGAAUCCAUAGAGUUUGACGUGCUGCCAGCCUACAACGCCCUGUCCUCGGGUGCCAAGCCUGACUCCCAGGUGUACAAGGAGCUGAUCCACAGCUACUCCCGGGGGGGCGAGUUCUCUACCUGCUUCACUGAGCUGCAGCGGGAUUUCGUGGUGGAUCGCCGCACCAAAGUGAAAAGCCUGAUCCGCCUGGUGAAAUACUGGUACAAGCAGCACAUCCGUCCAUACAAAGAGUACCUGGAAGCGGGGGAGUCCCUGCCCCCCCAGUAUGCGCUGGAGCUCCUGUCUAUCUACGCCUGGGAGCAGGGCAGCAGGGAUCGAGCCUUCGACAUGGCCGAGGGCUUCCGGACGGUGCUGGAGCUGAUCCGGCAAUACAAGAAGCUCUGUGUCUAUUGGACCAUCAACUACAACUUUGCGGACGAGCUCCUGGAACGAUUCUUGCACCGUCAGCUCCAGAAAGACAGGCCCAUCAUCCUGGACCCGGCGGAUCCAACGGGGAUUGUGGGGGAGGGGAGCCGCUGGGACCUGGUGGCACAGGAGGCUGAGUUCUGCUGUGGCCAGCAAUGCUGCAUGGACCUCGACGGCGAUCCUGUGCAGCCCUGGGACGUGCCGCCUGAGCAAACCCUCGAAGGGAGCAGGGGCUUUGAGAUCCACACCGGAGCACAAGAAUAUCCGGACUCAGCACCUCAGCCUGGGCCAGCCUGCACCUGCACCAAUAACCAAGCCAUGGCCAACCAGCAGCCAUCCUUCUGCACCAUCCUCCCUGGAUCUGCGCGUUCACCCUGCCAGGGCUACGCAUGCCGAGCAGCAGACAGGACAGCUGAGCCCAGCACAAGAGCAGUUCUGGGAAGGCAGCCAGAGAUUCCAGUUUACAACCAGGAAGCAGGGCAUAGGGCAGUCUCCAAAGCAUUCCUGGGCAGGCAGCAGCCUGGGAGAAACGAAACUGAUCAGAGAGCUGAGGAAGUGAAAGGAGGCGAGGCCUCUAUGCAGCAACCAACCCUCUGCAUCUGCUGUUCCCCUCCCUGCCCAGGGCCUGUUGCAGUCAGAAGGAGCAAGAGACGGUCCCUCUCUGCCAGGGGCACACACAGGCUAGUCCCGUCCUCGGCAGCCCCUGUUGUUCGCCUCCUCAUGGAGCUCAACCAGAGCAUGGGGCUCUACCAGGUGCCAGCUGAGGAACUCGAUACAUUCAUCACCAACGACCUGCAGCCCAACCAAGUUUUCAAGAUGCAGAUCAGCACAGCCAUUCACACAAUCUUCCUGUUUCUGACCCAAAACUGCUUCAGAAACUCUGGCUCUACCAUGCGGGUGCUGAAGGUGGUUAAGGCCGGCUCGUCAGGGAAGGGCACGGCCCUGAAAGACGUCUCCGAUGUGGACCUCGUUGUGUUUGUCAGCAAGAUUACAGAUUUCCGGUCCCUGAAAGCAGAACGGAAAAAAAUCAUUACUGAAAUCCAGACAAGGCUGGAGGAAUGCAGAGGGUCCCUGGGAAAACACCUAGUGCUGAGCAUUAAGAAAACAAAGUGGGAGAACCCCCGUGUGCUCACUUUUACCCUAACAUCUAAUACCAUGGGGGAGCAUAUUGAUUUUGAUGUGCUGCCGGCUUUCGACGCCCUAGGCCAGCUGUACAGAGGCUAUAAACCCGACCCCGCGGUGUACCUCAGGCUGACAGAGAGCAAUCCCGAAGGGAGCGAGUUCUCCCCCUGCUUCACCGAGCUGCAGAGGAAUUUCGUCAUGGCUCUCCCCACCAAACUGAAGAGUCUGAUCCGCCUGGUGAAACACUGGUACAAACAGUAUGUCCUUCCCCACAAAAAGAAGCUGGGGUGGAAAGAGUCCCUGCCCCCCCAGUACGCGCUGGAGCUCCUGUGUGUCUAUGCCUGGGAGAGAGGGGGCAGGGGUCCAGCCUUCAACAUGGCCGAGGGCUUCCGGACGGUGCUGGAGCUGAUCCGGCAGCAUGCCCAGCUCUGUGUCUAUUGGACCAUCAACUACGGCUUUGAGAAUGAAACCCUGGAAUGGUACCUGAAGUCUCAGCUCUAUAAAUCCAGGCCCAUCAUCCUGGACCCGGCAGAUCCAACGGGGAUCGUGGGGCACGGGAGCCGCUGGGACCUGGUUGCAGAGGAGGCUGAGCGCUGCUGUGCCCAGAAAUGCUGCUGGAAGCGCAAUGGAUCUGCAGUUCAGCCCUGGAAUGUGCCGUUGCAGCAGACGUGGAGAGCAGCUGAAGGAGAUGAUUUUGAUCUGCAGUCUCGGACUACGGACAAAGAAUACCCCAUCACUGAGAACCAGAUGUUUGCAAAUGGUAGCCAUGCUGCAGAGGAGGAAUCCUACUGCACGCUCCUCUGACAGCUGCCUCUCAGCCCCCAACCCUGUCAGGAGCCCUCCCUGGGGCAGGGCAGGCAUUACUGGAGGGGUCUCUCCCUGCUCUGCAACUUCCUCCUUUCAGAAAAUGGCCCCUGGGGGCCGGUUGAGGACUAGCUCUGACGGGACGGGACCAAUCGGCUUGUGCUCUGUGCUCCCCCAGCUCCCUUCCCCCUCCCUGCUCUCUCUCCUUUCUUGUAUUUUUAUUGUUCUCUUAAUCAGAAAUAAAGGUCACUUGAUGGGAAA